AGGGUAGGUAGUAAUUUUGUAAAGUAGUGGAUAGGUGGGCGUCCAUCUUGAAAUUUUACUGGGUUUGAGCCGGUUUAGUUCUAAUAAAAGUGUAUUUUGUAGCUUGGAGUUCAUAUUAAUCGUUAGUUUUCAAGAAGUUUUAUGUAUGCCGAAACUAUUUAUUGUUUAAAAUAGGAUUAACUGCAGUUAUGUUUUAGGUUAUACAUCACAAUACUUUAAUUGAAUAGUGACUUGUAAUCAUAACCGCCUAUGAUUCGAUUCGUCUGGUCGAAUCAUUAUGCAUGAACACAUUGCAAUUAACUGGAGUUCUUCACCGACAUGAAUGUUUGAAAGUGACGUAGAAAAUAUUUAUUCGCAGUAUCAUUAUUCAAGACAUACGCGAUUUCCGGAAAGACUAUCGCAGAUAAAAGCAAUUGGCGAAGGCAUAUGACGAUGGCAGUACCAAGUAGAGCGAGGGUAUAUGCUGAUGUCAACUCACAACGUCCAAGAGAAUACUGGGACUAUGAAAGCUAUGUGGUUGACUGGGGCAACCAGGAAGACUACCAGUUGGUGCGUAAGCUUGGGCGUGGAAAAUACAGUGAAGUGUUCGAGGCAAUAAAUAUUACAAAUAACGAGAAGUGUGUAGUUAAAAUAUUGAAGCCUGUUAAAAAGAAGAAGAUAAAAAGAGAAAUAAAAAUAUUAGAAAACUUAAGAGGAGGCACAAAUAUAAUUACUUUACAAGCUGUAGUCAAAGAUCCUGUUUCUCGUACUCCAGCACUCAUUUUUGAACAUGUCAACAACACUGAUUUUAAACAGCUGUAUCAAACACUGUCAGAUUAUGAUAUAAGAUAUUAUUUGUAUGAACUGCUGAAGGCAUUAGAUUAUUGCCACAGUAUGGGCAUCAUGCAUAGAGAUGUGAAGCCACACAAUGUGAUGAUCGACCAUGAUCACAGAAAGUUGCGUCUUAUUGACUGGGGACUAGCUGAGUUCUACCACCCUGGUCAAGACUAUAAUGUUCGAGUGGCUUCUAGAUAUUUUAAGGGUCCAGAGCUCUUGGUGGAUUAUCAAAUGUAUGAUUAUUCUUUGGACAUGUGGUCACUAGGAUGCAUGUUAGCAUCAAUGAUUUUCCGCAAAGAGCCAUUUUUCCAUGGCCAUGACAAUUAUGAUCAGCUUGUGCGUAUUGCUAAAGUGCUGGGCACUGAAGAGCUAUUUGAAUAUUUGGAUAAAUAUCAUAUAGAAUUGGAUCCACGGUUUAAUGAUAUACUUGGCAGGCAUUCUCGUAAACGAUGGGAGCGUUUUGUCCACUCUGAAAAUCAACACUUGGUAUCUCCUGAAGCAUUAGAUUUUCUAGAUCGCCUUCUACGCUAUGAUCAUUAUGAGAGAUAUACUGCUCGUGAGGCAAUGGAUCAUCCUUACUUCUAUCCUAUUGUGAAGGAGCAAGGACGAAUGGUUUCUUCCAAUUCUCCAACUCCUAAUGCAUUGCAAGGACCAAUAAGUACUACAGAAUAAUUGUUAAAAAGAGAUGAUAAAUUCUCUUUAUAAUGUAUUGAUAUGAUAUACUUGUACAAGAUUCCGGAAGAAAACACUGUAAAAAUAACACCAACAAGAGGCCACUGAUGGUGUAAAUACAUACACAGGGACAGUGAAGGACACUAAUUCUGUUUAACAAACACUGAUGUAAUUCCAAUGCUUGAUAAAUGGAAUAAUUUGGAAAGACAAUAUAAUUUAGUGUUUAAUAUUAGUAAAUCUGGUUUAUUCAUUGUUUUAAAGUGUUUUUAUCUCGGUAUAAACUGCUGACAUACAUUUGUGAAAGUGCUCGUGUACUCAAGCUGAGUAGGUAUUUUGUGGUGGGAGGGGUUCAAAUUGUCAAAGUAAAUUCUGAAACAUCCAUUUUUAUAUGAAAUUCGAUAAUAAUUAAUUAUUGAAAAUGAGAAAAAUGCAUCGAGUUUCAUUGCACUUGAUCUUUUGCAUUUAUUAACCUAUGGUAUUGAUAUUGUAAUUACUUGUAUAAUAUAUUGGUAACACCUGCAUACCAUUUGCAAAUACUGGUUAGCAGCUUUUCGUUGGUACUCUUACUUAUUAAAAUUUUGUAUUUAUGUAAUAGAAGUAAAAUGUAGAUAUGUGUGAUAUAAAUACAAAAUUUUAAGAUGAUUAAUUAAUCGUUUUCUUUUAUUAUGUAUUUUAUAAAAGAAACCAGCUAAUUCUAACAUUAGAUAUUGUCGGAUUUAAACAUUGUUUUCUAUUAGUAUAUUUUUAAUAAGUUAUGUUAGCUGUCCUCAUAAAUAUUAUAAAUAGAAAAUCAAAUCGUAUCUUCAAUUGGAAGGUGAGCCUCAUUGAGUAUAAUUUAUUUUAUAGUGUGAUAACUCCAAGUUGUUGCAUAAAAUUUUCUGAAUAAACAAUACUAACUUUGCCUGGAAA